UCAAAAGAUUCUUUAGAAGAAGCGCGAGAUUUUGGUAUAAUACGCUUUAGUGUUUGCUGUUAUUCAUCUUCCAUUUUCACAUUUAUUGUUUCUUUUUAGAGUCCUUCAUUUGUUUAUUAGUAUCUUCAUCGUUUUCUGAAUCUAGUGAAAUUAAAAUGAGUGAACAAUCAGGAGAAAAACGAUUACUGCCUGUUAGUUUAAACAUUAUAAAGCAAUUAUGGACCCCCUCUCACGGCGUUGUCGUUCAUAAGCAAAAAUUUGAUAUUCUUUCUAUCAUUGGACGAGUUACCAAUAUCAACGACCAAAGUACUAAAUGUGUUUAUUUUGUUGAUGAUGGAACUGAUGGCAUUGAUGUCCUCCAAUGGAAGGGUGGCGAUGACAACAAAGCUAAAACCAUGGAGAGUCCAAUUACAGAGGGUACCUACGUCCGUGUCCAUGGACAAGUCAGAAAUCAAAAUAAUACGCUUAACUUUGUUGCCUUUAAAAUAGCACCAAUUAAAGAUUUCAAUGAAAUUACCGCUCAUACUUUGGAGGUUGUUCACAACAACUUAUUACUCCGUAAAUUGAAGUUUAUUCAGCUAGCUACUCGCAAUGAUCCAACAGCUAAUGGAUUAAUGUCUGGUAUGGGUAGCAACGGUGACAGCAAUGGAGUUACACCUAUGGAAAUUGGAGACAUUGGUUCUCGUUUACCUCCUGGAAUGACCAAAGCUCAAACAAUGGUUCUUGAGGCUUUAAAUAAAUGCCGUAAAGAGGAAGGAAUGAGCAAAGACCAAUUGGUUCAGUGUUUACCCUCGUUGGAUGCCAAUACUGUCCAAGGAGCUCUCGAUUUUCUGUCUAAUGAAGGUCACAUCUUCUCCACCAUAAAUGAAUUUCAUUUCAAGAGCGCAUAUGAAGAGGAAGGUUAAAAAUAUUACACGAUUCAGAAACAUUAUUCAUCGAGACAAAGUAAUUUCCAGUUUAUUCAAUUUUCAGCCGUUAUUAAUGCAUCACCCGAGCAAAAGUUAUUUAGAAAAAUUCAUAUUUC